GAGAGAAAACGUAGGAGACAAGUGAUUAUAGAAAAUUGAACAAAUAAUUUGUGUCUGCUGGUCCGACUUUAUCAAUGUAAAAAUUUGCGAAAAAUGUACAAUAAUCUCACUCGAAAUUGAAAACGUUUAUACAUUUACAGUCUUAAUCGAAUAAGAAGUUAAUACGUCAAGAGUGGUAAAAGUUAAUCUCAAAACCAAAGAAAAUUUUACGAAAGGGAUACGCAAUUAGCAAAAAUUUACAAAUACAAAAGUACAAAUUGAGUUAUUCGUCAUCAUAAUUCGCGUUUAAAAGGAAAAAUUUACGCAUUUGUGAUUUAAACUACAUUAAAUAUUAUCAAACUUAUAAUCAAAAAGGCCAAGGCAUCGCCAAAAAAAGAAAAAUCUUUAAAACAACAACACAGGCAGGUGGUGAUUAUCUAUAAGGAGACCACAGCAACGCUAACGCGGAGGCAAUCUUUUAAUCGGAGUCGGUGUUACAGCGUAAAAAAGACCCAAAGAUGUCUUCGGCACCUUACAACUACAACUAUAUCUUUAAGUACAUAAUCAUCGGUGAUAUGGGAGUAGGCAAAUCAUGCCUGCUGCAUCAGUUCACAGAAAAGAAAUUCAUGGCGAAUUGUCCUCACACAAUUGGCGUGGAGUUCGGCACACGUAUCAUUGAGGUAGAUGAUAAGAAAAUCAAAUUGCAAAUUUGGGACACUGCGGGACAGGAGCGUUUUCGCGCAGUAACACGUUCGUACUAUCGUGGUGCUGCUGGUGCGCUUAUGGUUUAUGAUAUAACAAGAAGAUCCACUUACAAUCAUCUCAGCAGUUGGCUAACAGACACACGCAAUCUCACAAAUCCGAAUACUGUGAUCUUUUUAAUUGGCAACAAAUCAGACCUGGAGAGCACACGCGAAGUAACCUAUGAAGAGGCCAAAGAGUUUGCUGACGAAAAUGGUCUGAUGUUUUUGGAAGCCAGCGCCAUGAGUGGUCAAAAUGUGGAAGAAGCAUUUCUCGAAACAGCACGUAAAAUAUAUCAAAACAUACAAGAGGGCCGUCUCGAUUUGAAUGCUUCCGAAUCGGGCGUACAACAUCGACCUUCACAACCGGGACGAACUUCGCUAACAAACGAAGCACCUAAUACGAAAGAUCAAUGUUCAUGUUAAAUUCGCAUUUUUUUCAUUCACGUUACUUUCCUCUUUUUUGUGUAUUAUGAUAUUUCCCCCCUUUCUAAUAUUAAGUUUAAUUAUAACGAGGCAAAAUGAUGUGUAAAAACAAAACAAUUGCUAUUAUCUAAGUAAAAAAUUAUAUAUAUACAUAAAUGAUAAUUAUUACAAAAAUAUAUAUACAUACAUAUAUAUAUAAAUAUACAGAGGUUUAUAAAUUAGUAAACGUAAUAUCGAACAAUUUGUAGCGAAUUAUAAACAGUUGGCAAUGCUGAGUAUGUAAUAUGAAAAUUAGUAUUGUUUAAAACAAAAACAAAUAUUAAAGCGUGUAUGCGCAUUAUAGAAAACUGUGUAUUUCAAUAUAUCUACAAACAUACAACUGUGUGCGUGUAUAGAAAUCUAAUUAAGAAAUUCCCAAACUCACUUUUAGCCAAUAUGCAAUUUAAUUGAUUUCUAUAUUUUUUUUUU